AUGGAUACUCUGGCUCACGGUCCCCACCUUUAUGCCACUCUUUCUUCCGGCCAUAUUUUCAAGUUUGAUGAGGCCGAAAUCCCCGCAAGAGGUGACAACCGCGUGAGCCGUGAGUUGCUGGUGUCAUGGUUCUCAGGCCCCCAGUUCAUCAGCAAGCGCAAUGAUUUGGCGUUCCCAUACGGUGUACGGAGAAAUUUCCUGAGCAAGAGAAUCAUUCACGUGGGAAGGACCGGGCGCAACAACAACUCUGACGACAGCGGGCCUAAUUGUCGCGCAAUUAUCAAGCCCGCGUCCGACGCGGACAAGGACGCUGUGGCAAUUAAUGAGCAAUCACCGCACCAAUUAAGACCUCGAGCGGUUGCUACAGAGACUGACAAUUAUAGUACGCAUGCGGAUGAUCGCUACGAUCUAUGA